AUGCCACUACCUAGGCAAAGACCGACCUAUUUUCUUCCGCCAAAUUUUCUCAACCCACCAGGGCCUGCUAGCCCAAUCAGGCUGGGACAGUUGAUAUCUAACCCAUCAGCUCCCACCACUCCCAUCACUCGGUCAGGACCUCUAGAUCCUAAGGAUUUUGAUCUUGAAGUCCAUUCCAUGCCGAUGAAGACAUUUCGGCAUGAGAACCAGUCACAAUCAUUAUCUGAAGGCGGCGUCUUCAUUCGUGCCGUCCAAGGGAUCGUCGCGAAGCUGAACCUGAAUAUAAGUCGUGAAGCAUAUCAGAACGCUCUGGAACAAAUUGACCAUCUGGUCGCUGAGUUCAUUGAACUCAGUGAGGAGGAUGAGUAUGUGGAGAAGAGCUUAGCUCAGAAGCAUAUUCAGGAUUUCAUCACAAAGGGGCUCUUUAAGAAGCGUGUCUUUAUGGUGACAGGUAUUAAGAUUGCUUAUCCUGGAGAAGGAGACUCUAUUUCCGCUGAGAAGGGCUCGAAGAAGACUGCAGAAGGGGGGGGGGACAUGUCAGCUGUUGGUACCGGAUCUCCGCUCGAGGGAGGUGGGAAUUUCAAAACUUCCGCAUCGACUAAGCGAUCGCUGUCUUUCAUACCCGAUCAUCCCUUUAUAUACGCUUAUAGAUUGCGAGAAUGCUUUUACGGUGGCCGUAGCAAGGAAACUACGAAGGGAGCGUUACUAAGCCGGGACACUGUCUCAGGCCAUGAGCCAGAGGCCUUAGAGUUCGAUUUUCAAGGUGUCGGAUCCGAAGAUGUUACAUUGGAAGAUAUGGGCCCAGAUGGGACUGCGUAUAUACUGCUGCAAGCAGCUGAUGAUCUUGAUGGCACUCAGUGUGACCUUGUCGUUCCAAAAUGUACAUAG